UGUACGCUAGCCAUUAAUACGGCAGGUCGCCCAUCCCAUCGCGGCCGCCGCGCCCCGCCCGUCUCAUCUCAUCAGUCUCCACUCCCCCCCGCUUAAAAUCCCGCGUCCCGGUCGUCGCGCACCCCCCCACUCCGCCUCCGCCUCCGCUCCCGGCACGCCGUCGCGAUUGUUGAACGAUUGGCGGCCGCCAGCGAGCGCACGCCCGUUCCAGUUCCUCGCGGUGUUUGGUUUGGUGGUGGUGGCUAGAGUCUCGACUGGACUGGACGCCGCGGCUCGCCGCCCGGUCGGAGAGAUGGACUCGGUCAUGGCCGCCGUCCCCGACUCGCCGCCGCAGACUGUCGUGCUCGUCUCCGCCGGCGCCAGCCACUCCGUCGCGCUCCUCACGGGCAAUGUCCUGUGCUCGUGGGGCAGGGGCGAGGACGGGCAGCUCGGCCACGGCGACGCGGAGGACCGGCUCGUGCCCACCGUGCUGAGCGGCUUCGACGCGCCCGGGAUCACGUCGGUCAUCUGCGGCGCCGACCACACCACCGCCUACUCCGAGGACGAGCUGCAGGUCUACAGCUGGGGCUGGGGAGACUUCGGGAGGCUCGGCCAUGGCAACUCCAGCGACGUCUUCACGCCCCAGCCGGUCAAGGCGCUGCAGGGGCUCAAGAUCAAGCAGAUUGCCUGCGGGGACAGCCAUUGUCUUGCCGUCACCAUGGCCGGACAAGUGCAGAGUUGGGGCCGUAACCAGAAUGGACAGCUAGGCCUUGGAACCACUGAAGACUCGCUGCUUCCACAGAAGAUUCAGGCUUUCGAGGGUGUUUGCGUGAAAAUGAUUGCUGCUGGCGCCGAACAUACUGCUGCAGUUACUGAAGAUGGUGACCUCUAUGGAUGGGGUUGGGGUCGAUAUGGAAACUUAGGUCUUGGUGACCGUAAUGAUCGUUUGCUUCCUGAAAAAGUAUCUUCUGUGGAGGGUGAGAAGAUGGUGCUUGUGGCAUGUGGAUGGCGCCAUACAAUCACUGUUUCUGACUCUGGUAAUCUGUACACUUAUGGUUGGAGCAAAUACGGUCAACUGGGACAUGGUGAUUUUGAAGAUCAUUUAGUUCCACAUAAACUAGAAGCUUUGAAAGAUAGCACUAUAUCCCAGAUUUCAGGCGGUUGGAGGCAUACGAUGGCACUUACAUCAGAGGGAAAGCUUUACGGAUGGGGAUGGAACAAGUUUGGACAAGUUGGAGUCGGCAACAAUGAUGAUCACUGCUCCCCAGUACAAGUUCAUUUUCCCGAGGAUCAGAAAAUUUCCCAAGUUGCAUGCGGAUGGAGGCAUACACUUGCCCUUUCUGAGAAGAAAAAUGUUUUCUCCUGGGGAAGGGGUACUAGCGGACAGCUCGGCAAUGGUGAAAUAGUUGACAGGAAUACACCUGUACUGAUUGAUGCCUUAAGCACUGAUGGUUCUGGCUGCAAGAAGUUGGAGUCAUCAACGGCAGCCCCAUUUGCAGCCAAAGUUUGGGUAUCGCCAUCAGAAAGAUAUGCCAUAGUUCCUGACGAAAACGUUCCUAAAGCAGGCGAAGGCACAGCACGAGGCAACGGCGCCGACGCGAACGUACCAGAGAACGACGUAAAGAGGAUGCGCGUGCAGUCGUAGUUCUUCUACCAUCCACUCCACCGACCUCCCUUAAGUCCUUAACCCUAGUAGUACUAUGAAGAAGACCUGGUGCCCCGUCUAGCGGUGCCCGAUUUUUGUGCAUUAUGUUGUGCCGAAGUACUUUCCGUGGACGGACGGACCUCCUGGUGUUGAGAUGGUAGCAGUAGCACUGCCUCGCGUCGUAGCGAUGAUGUGUGUGUGAUGUGAUUCACCUCUUAGAGGUGGCUAGUAGUAGCCCAGUCGACCUGCACUUGUUGUGAUGUUAAGAUGUGUCCUGGAUCUUUGACAUUCAUGGAGGGUACAAUAAGUGCUUCAUUCUCAUUUCU